AUGGCGUCCCACAAUGGACCUUCUUCUACCGCUCUCCCUUCGUCCAGUGCCGCUGGCGCUGAGUCGGCCGCUGCUCCAGAGACUGGCACCAGCAACAGUACUCUUCCGGCCCAUGUCGAUUUGGCCAUUGGGGGGGAGGAUGACCUAGACUCGGCGUAUGGCGGGAGUGAAGGGAGUGAAGGGAGUGGCAUGUCCGCCUCUCUCGCCUCUACGGUAUCUGACUAUGUCUACGAGAAUGGAAGGAGGUACCAUCGAUACCGAGAAGGCGCCUACGCAUUGCCCAACGACGAACAGGAACAAGAGCGGUUGGACAUGUUGCAUCACAUCUUCCGACUGAUCCUCAAAGGAGCCCUGUACAAAUCACCCGUCUCGUCGGCACACCAUGUCCUCGACAUAGGCACGGGCACCGGUUUAUGGGCCCUCGACUUUGCCGACGAGCAUCCUUCUGCCGAGGUGCUGGGUACCGAUCUGAGCCCCAUCCAACCGACCUGGACGGCGCCCAACUGUCGAUUCAUGGUCGACGACGCAGAGAGCGAGUGGGCCUACCCGCCGUCACGGCCAUUCGACUACAUCCACCAGCGCAACAUGGUCGGCAGCAUCUCGGACUGGGAGGCGCUGUUCAGACAGGCUUACCGAAAUCUCGCUCCUGGCGGCUGGUUCGAGGCCCAGGAAUUCGAUGUCUGGUUCCACAGCCAGGGCUCGCCCCUGCCAGAAGACAAUCCCGUUGUCGAGUGGGCCAGGCUGCUGGACGAAGCGAGCCAGCAGUUUGGCAAGAGGUUAAACUGUGUUGCGGAGAUGAAGGAGGCGUUUGAGAAGGUCGGCUUUGUGGACGUGGCUCACGACAUCUUCAAGGUGCCGAUCGGGAAGUGGCCCAAAGCGAAAGAGGCGAAGGAACUGGGCAUGUAUCUUCAAGCUCAGAUGUUCGAUUCCGUCGAGGCAGUGUCGAUGGCCUAUUUUACACGCGUCUUGGAGUGGAGUAAGGAGCAGACGCUGGUCUUCACGUCGCAGGUCCGCAAGGAAUUCGCCGACGAUCGUAAACAGCUUUAUGUUUAUUGUCAUUUCUUGAGAGGGAGAAAACCGGAGCAGGACCAGCGACCGGAACAGAGACAGGAGCAGGAGCAGGCGACCGAAGGUUGA